UCCCACUCGCACUGUUUUCCCUCUCUCUCUUCUCUCUUUCCUUCUCUCCUUCUUUCUCUGAACUUUCCCUUUCUCACUCCCACUCUCUUGUCACAUCUGGUGGGGAUCUGCAUCUGAACUGACCAGGGCUGGCCCUGGGAGUGACUGUGUAGUUACUGUGGCUCCUCUCUAUCCUGCUAUGGGACUGUCUCUGGCUGGACUGGAAACCAGACUGCUUUGCCUCUGUCUCUGUCUCUGCUAACCUCCCUCUGUCAGAGAAGAUACUACACUUCGUGUAAUCCUUCGCCUAACCACCGUUGGGAGGCCUGCUGUUCUGACAAUACCCAUCUGACCAUCGGUGGUACAGGGCAGCUCAGGUAGGUCAGGUAGCUGAAGAAGUGAGACGACCAGGCACCACCAGCAGACAUGGCAAGGACAUCUCUGCUGCAAGGCCUGACUGUGUUGCUCCUGGCCUGGGCUCUGGUGCACUGCCAAGCCCCUCUGGAGCCCCAGGAGGAAGAGGAAGAGGACGAUCCCAUGGAGGAGACAGAGAUAGAGACCUUCCUGGUCCCGGCCGUGGCGAAGGUGGAGCCGGUGGUGUGUCCUGGCGAGUGUAGCUGUACAGAGGAGGGAGCAGUGGACUGUGCUGGGGUUGACCUCAUGGACUUUCCUAGUGAUCUGUCUCAGAGCACGCGCAUUCUCUCGCUGCAGAACAACCGGAUAGAAAUAUUAACUGUUGAGGACCUGGCACGUCUGCAGCAACUGGAAACACUAAAUCUGCAAAACAACCGUCUGACCACGCAAGGCCUUGAAGAUGAAGGGUUUACAGUGCUGGAACAGCUGACCUACUUGUACUUGGCCAAUAACAAGCUCACCACAGCACCCAGACACCUGCCUCCCUCACUGGUCAGUGCUGAUUUUGCCGCAAAUUCACUCACAAAGAUCUACCCGUACACAUUUGGCCAGAAGCCAGGACUGAAGUCAGUGUAUCUCCAUAACAACAAACUGACAGAUGCAGGGCUACCAGAGAACAUGUUUAACGGUUCUGACAGCCUAGAGGUUCUCAUCAUGUCCAGUAACUUCCUCCGCUACGUCCCUAGGAACCUGCCCUCUGCUCUCUACCGCCUACAUCUAAAGAACAACAUGCUGGAGAAGAUCCCAUCAGGGGCGUUUGAUAGCCUGACCCAGCUCAGAGAGCUCUACCUACAGAACAACCUGCUUAGCAACGAAGGCAUGGACAACGAGACCUUCAGCCAGUUGACCAAGCUGGAGUAUCUGGACCUGUCUAACAACAACCUGAGUGUGGUUCCUCAGGGUCUGCCUCGAGGUCUGAUACUGCUACACCUAGAGAAGAACAACAUCCGCAGUAUCCCUGGCGAUGCCCUCAUAGCCUGCCGUAACCUGGAGUACCUACUGCUGCACAACAAUCAGCUACGCUCCCGCUCCAUACACCAAGCUGCAUUCCAUGGCCUGAAGAAGCUACACACCCUCCACAUGUACAACAACCAGCUGGAGCGUGUCCCCAGGGGUCUACCCCGCCGAGCCAAGACCCUUAUGCUGCUUCACAACGGCAUCAACGAGAUUGGACGCAAUGACCUGGUGAUGCUUUACACCCUGACCGAGCUCAACCUCAGCUACAACCGCCUCAUUAGCCCCAAGCUGCACCGAGAAGCUUUCAGGAAGCUGCGUCUGCUGGAGACCUUGGACCUGUCAGGGAACGCCCUCCACUCCCUGCCCCUGGGGCUUCCCCGCUCCCUGCAGGUCCUCCGGGUGAAGGACAACCAGCUGACCUCCAUACCAGAGGGGGCUCUGCAGGGCAUGUCCAAGCUCAGGGAGAUCCACCUCAACCACAACCAGCUCAAACUCAACUCCAUCUACCAGGGAGCCUGGAUGGAGCUCAGAGCUCUGACGACGUUGGACCUGUCCAGUAACCAGCUGUCCCAUGUCCCCUCUGACCUGCCUGAGUCUCUGGAGUACCUGUACCUUCAGUCCAAUCGUAUUAGCACUGUCCCUGCCACCGCCUUCGAGGGCACCCCCAACAUCAAGGGCAUCUUCCUACGGUUCAACCGUCUGUCAGCCCAUUCUGUGAAGGAGAGCUCCUUCAAACACCUGACCAACCUGCGGGUGCUAGACAUUGGCCACUUGAGUCACUCCGACCCCUCUGGCUCCCCCGGACCCCCCUUCGGACAAGAGGAAGAGGAGGAGGAAGAGAUCGAGAUAGAGGAAGUGGGAGAGGGAUUUGCUUAAUAAGUUUAGCCCAUGGACACAAGCUGCUUGAAUGAUCGGAACCAAAUGGUGCAGUUGUUUGAGAUGCCAUCCCAAAGUCCUGUUAUUUUGAACGUACAGAAACAUUUAUUUUUGCAGUAGAUCAGACUCAAUUCAAAAAUGUAAAUUAAACUAUGAAUGGAAGGGAAACGUGGUAUUUUGUCCCAUUGCAUAUAGUGGUGAAUUGCAGAUGCACAUAUCUCUGGUGCAGGAUACUAGAUGAAAUUGUAUUUUUGUUUGUUGUAUUUUUUAUUUUUCUGGCCUUUGCUUGUCUAUGCAACGACAGAUACGGUUGAUUUUUGUUCAUCCCAAAUUGCACCCUAUUCACUAUUGUUUGCACUACAUUUGACUAGGGCCUAUAGGGCUCUGGUCAAAAGUACUGCACUAUAUAGGGAAUAGUGUGCCAAUUGGGACACCGCUUGUCUCACCACCAGGUUAGUGUAACCAGAAAGAAAGAGACAGUCAGACCUCAUAUGUUGAUCAUGCUGUAUGAGUCCCAUCUCUGACCUCUACUGUGUGCUAGCUGUGUCACCAUACAAAGAAGAUUAUGUUGAGAUUUGAAGUUAUUGUCAUCAGUUCUGAGCCUGUAUUCAUACAGAUGUAGGAUCUUAAUUUGAUCACUCUGUUGCAGGAGAACUUUCAAGCAAUGCAGGAAAUGUAAAUUGUGUACUGUAGUGUAUUUGAGGUUUUAAAAAGUUUCUGGAGUUUGUAAUUCUCACUUUGAAAUUUCAGACUUGAUUUUCCAUUGCAAAAGAAUGUAUCAACUCCUACAAAGAUGUUCAUGAAUUAUAAUCCACAUAAUAAUUCACAUUUCCUGUUGCUGCAGGAUUAUUUUCCUGCUGUAGCAAACUGGCUCAAAUGAAGAUCCUACAUCUGUACAGUCAAGAGUCUCAGACUAGGAGUACUGAUCUUGGAUCAGAUCCCCGCUCUUAUUCAUUAUGGUCUAAAAGGCUAAACUGAUCCUAUAUCAGCACUCCUACUCUGAGAUGCUUUGUGGAUACUGGCUCUGGCUGUGAUUGUGUGUCAUGGCCUGGUAAGACAGUCUGGCUUUAUGUCAUUCUGUUAUUCUUAUAUCAUCGUUAAUAUGCCACAGAAGUUCCGUGACUGUGUCACAAUCUCCUCCCUCGCUCAGCCUACCAGGAGCUUGAUCCAUGCUGCUAAUCUAAUGCCUUGCUUUAAUCCAGUCUUGUUUUACAAUGAUAACGAUUGCAAAUAUUUGUAUAUGGUUUCUGAAAAACUCAUGCUAUUAAAUUAAUCUCGUUGCUAUGAACCAAUGCUUUUCUAUGUAUUGCACCUUCGGAUUUAUGCGUAGGGAUUUCACACAGCAAUUCAUUAUUUGAAAA